CGACGGCCAGUAGUCGAUCUUCUCGUUACUUGGCAAAUAUCUAUCUGGCGUGGUACCGUGUUUGUUCCUUGUUGGAAAGUAUAAGGCAUAGAAAUGGCGAGCAAGAGGGCAGCAGAAGGUCCUGCGGAUUCUUUCAACCCUGCGAAGAGGUCCAGGAAGGGCAAAGAUGAUGAGGACUAUGCUGAGACGGAUAACUUGGACGCUGUCGAGAUUCAGUCGCCCCCAGACACGCCUUCCACCACUCGCGGCGCCAAGAUUAACGUCAGUGCGCUCACACGCAAGCUGGCGGAAGCGCGACACCAGAGAGUGCAGGAGGAGGCCCACCAAGAGUCGAGCUUGACCGCGCACAGGCGACAGCAGGACGCUCUCGUCUCACAUAUAUUCCAUGACCUGGACUUCUCGUGGCUACAUCUCAAGCCAGACCACGCCUCGCGUCCGCUUUGGAUCAGCCCAGAGGAUGGCCACAUUAUCCUCGAGGCCUUCUCCCCCAUCGCGGAACAGGCGCAGGACUUCCUGGUAGCCAUUUCUGAGCCUGUCAGCAGACCCGCCUUCAUCCACGAAUACAAGCUCACUCACUACUCGCUAUACGCCGCGGUAUCUGUUGGACUGCAAACAGAGGACAUCAUAGAAGUGCUGAACCGCUUGUCAAAGGUACCGGUACCCGACAGCAUAGCCGACUACAUCCGCGAGCGUACUCUUUCAUACGGCAAGGUCAAACUCGUCCUCAAGCACAACAGAUACUUCGUCGAGUCCAGUCAUCCCGAAACCCUACAAAUCCUGCUGAAGGACAAGAUUAUUCGAGAAGCUCGCGUACACACACAAGUCGUCGACACCAGUAUACGGGCAGCGACGUUUACUACUUCGAAGGCCCCAGUAAAGGGCAACCUUGUGAUUCCUGGCAUCAAGGAAGGCGAGAAGAAGAAGGAUGAUUUGUUGACAAAUGGCAAGAACGGGUCGAAGACCGACGCUGAGCUGUUCACUUCGGUGGUUGGUGUCGACAACGACGAAGUCGAUGAGGACGACGACAACGUUCAUGCCUUCGAGAUUGACGAUGCGAAGAUCGAUGAUGUCAAGAAACGAUGUAAUGAGCUUGAAUAUCCCAUGCUGGAAGAAUACGACUUCCGCAACGACACUGUUAAUGCAAAUCUGGACAUCGACCUGAAACCGUCUACCGUCAUUCGUUCAUAUCAAGAGACGAGCCUGAGCAAAAUGUUCGGUAACGGGCGUGCCCGGUCGGGGAUUAUCGUGCUACCCUGUGGUGCUGGUAAAACGCUUGUGGGCAUCACUGCAGCCUGCACGAUCAAGAAGUCGUGUCUCGUUCUCUGUACCUCUUCGGUAUCCGUGAUGCAGUGGCGGCAGCAGUUCAUGCAAUGGUCGAACGUUACCGACAAGCAAAUUGCCGUCUUCACUGCGGAGUCGAAGGAAAAGUUCGCUGGCGAGAGCGGUAUCGUGGUGUCGACUUAUUCCAUGGUCGCGAACACGCACAACCGUUCGCAUGAGUCAAAGAAGAUGAUGGAGUUUCUGACGUCCCGCGAGUGGGGUUUCAUUCUGCUCGACGAGGUCCAUGUCGUGCCCGCUGCUAUGUUCCGCCGGGUCGUUACGACAAUCAAAGCCCACGCGAAACUCGGGCUUACCGCGACACUUGUCCGGGAGGACGACAAAAUUGCGGACUUGAACUACAUGAUCGGGCCGAAGCUGUAUGAGGCGAACUGGAUGGACCUUGCCGCAAAGGGCCAUAUCGCAAAUGUGCAGUGUGCCGAGGUGUGGUGCCCCAUGACCCCUGAGUUCUAUCGGGAGUACCUCCGAGAGCAGUCGCGCAAGCGCAUGCUGCUCUACUGCAUGAACCCCAAGAAGUUCCAGGCGUGCCAGUUCCUCAUCAAGUAUCACGAGGACCGCGGCGACAAGAUCAUUGUCUUCUCUGACAACGUGUUCGCGCUUGAGGCUUACGCCAAGAAACUUGGGAAGCUAUAUAUCCACGGUGGCACGGGUCAGACAGAACGCAUGCGCAUCCUGCAGUGGUUCCAACACAGCCCGGAGGUCAACACUAUCUUCCUUUCGAAGGUCGGCGAUACGUCGAUCGACCUGCCAGAGGCGACGUGUCUCAUACAGAUUUCCUCCCACUUCGGUUCGCGGCGGCAAGAAGCACAACGACUCGGGCGUAUCUUGCGUGCAAAGCGGCGUAACGACGAGGGCUUCAACGCGUUCUUCUACUCGCUCGUCUCCAAGGACACACAGGAGAUGUUCUACAGCACGAAGCGGCAGCAGUUCCUGAUCGACCAGGGCUACGCGUUCAAGGUGAUCACGCACCUCGACGGGCUCGACGACCUGCCCUCGCUCGUGUACAAGUCGCGCGACGAGCAGAUCGAGCUGCUCUCGUCCGUGCUGCUCGCGAACGAGAGCGAGGCGGACCUCGGCACGGACGUGCGCGCGGGGGAGGGCGACCUCGCCGGCACGAUCACGUCCAAGGACUUUGGGAUGCCGACGAAGAUGCCCGCGGUGCAGCGCACGACCGGCUCGCUCACCGCGCUCAGCGGCGCGCAGCACAUGUCGUACGUCGAGCAGAACAAGUCUGCGAACAAGAAGCUCGCGCGCGAGGUCGCCCCGCGCCACAAGCUGUUCGCGAAGCGUGACAAGGACAAGGCGACAGCGCGGAAGGAGGCCAGGAAGCCGUAAACGCUCGAGGCGGCUGCCGUCGGACUUUGGUCGUGGUAUCCUUGGCCAGCACUGGUCACGGAGCCCUUAGGACAUGUGUAGUAUAUUCCAGAUGCAUAAUCAAUGGUACGGAAGAGUGUAAUAUCCCA